AUGGGCUCGACUAGAUUUGAAUGCCUAAUAACCCACAUUAAAAAAAAUAAUCAAAUAGAUAUUGAUAUCUUAUGCAUUCCCAAAAAUGAAAACAUGAAAAUAUCAAUUUCGGAUAAAGGUUACUAUCCUUGA